AGUCCAGACCUUGGUACUACAAGAGAGAUCAAUGCUAGUCAAGUAGCUAGUGCAAUUCUCAAGUACAUAUCUACAUUUGACACAUAUGGCCUGCAGGUGUGGUACUGUCUGAAAAGAGGGGAGGAUCUGAGCUAAUGCAUGUGUUUUGAACUAUAGCUAUAUAAAGCUAUAGUAUAUACAAUGGCCACUGGACAAGACUCAGGAUACACACCAAGUCUAAUCAGACUGGAGUCUACUGCUAGCACAGUUGCCACAGAAAUGAACAAACUGUUCAAUACCUGUCGAAGUGGAAAUGCUGACGAAUUCAAGCGGCUGUUUUCUGAGCAGGACAAUCUGAAACACACGCUAGAAAAAGAAGAUCGAAAUGGAAAAAAACUAAUUCAUUUAGCGGCUGAAGGAGGCUCUGAAGAGAUCAUCAGUAUCAUCUUAGAUCAAGGUGGAGCCCGGCAAGCCACUCUCGAGAGCUACUCCGAUAAUGACACCCCACUCAACAUAGCACUGAUGAAUGGGAAAAUCCCGGCUGCUUAUCUGAUUUUCGAGAAACUAAAGGAGCUUGGAGCCACCCCUCGUAGGAAUCGCCAAGGCAACUACCCUCUUCAUUACGCCUGUAGAGUUGGCAACCUCCAGUUAAUUCAAACACUGUCCGAGACCUAUCCAGACACUGUGUACGCUACCAACGGGAAGGGGCACACUCCACUCAGCUUUGCAGUCUGGGAAGGAAACGUUGACGCUGUUAGAAUUCUUCUCGGUCGAAAUCUAGGCUCUCCGGAAUUAAAAUUUCCCGAUUUCAACACUAUUCUACCAGCUUUCUCCACUGGAGAAAGGCAGUUGGAACCUCCGAUUGAUAUAUUCGUGUUUGGGGACAAUCAAUGCGGUAAAAGCUCCCUCAUCAAGUCCAUCCAAGCCGAGAGUCACUAUGAAAAAUUUUGGGGCCUCACAUACAAUACCUCGGACAUUGAUGCGCACAAGAUAGGACUCAUUCCGACUGACUUCACUGCGAAACGCUACGGACGCGUGAUUUUUCACGAUCUAGCCAGCGGUACAAAGCACUUGAACAUGCAGCUAGUACACUCACCCGAAGACCUUGAGAGAGCUCUGUUUAUUGUGGUUAUCGAUUGCCGACCUGAAAAAAGGGAAAUGGAUCGAAAACUCGAGUUCUGGCUCAAUGUAGUGUACCAGCAAGGCACACAGGCAACAAAAAUAUCGUCUCGAGUCUUCCCAAAUGUGAUAAUUGUUGGUAGCUUCUGGGAUUAUGUCAAAGCAUUUCGUCGUGCCAAUGAAGUACGACUCGAUAUUACAUACCGGAACGUGGCGGAAAGAAAUCCGAAUUUGAUUUCUCAUUUGAACAUCUUAGAGAGAGCUUGUCUAGACUGCCGCAAAGCUCAGUCCAUUCCCAUGGCAAGAGUCAGAUCAUCUCUCAAGCACCAUUGUCGCCGUCAUAGGAUACCAAAUACCAUGGCACUUGACUACGGUUGCUAUGUCCUGAGCAGCAUUUUGGCGGAAAAAAGCAGCAAAAAACAACAUCCGGUGAUUAGCCUCGAGGAGCUGUUUAGUGAGAUCAAAGAGAAAAGUGCACAACCAGACAUCUCUCUUCACAGCUUGAUUGCAACCGAAAAUAUCUCUGAGCUGCUAGCACUGUGUAAGGCACUCGAAGAUCGAAAAAGGAUUCUACUCUUGAGGAAGGAUGUCUACAGUUCUGAAGAAGAUAGCACGAUCGUAUAUGACCUACGAACUCUGGCCAGCUCUGUAGAUGCAGCCCUACUUGACUUGAAGUCGCCGUUGGAUGAACCAUCUAAUGCAAAAGUGGCCCUAAUUGAGAGAGACAAACUGAGAGACUAUCUCAGUGAUAAAUUGGGUAUUCGAGCCGAUGUGAUUGUUCCGGUUCUUGAUGCAUUCAAGAUUCACAGCCUCUCAGUCCAGGGAGACAUGGACACAUUGCCUCCGGACUGCCCACACUAUUUCAUCCCCACCCUACUGCCUGAGGCGGACCCCAACACUGAAGACUGGGACGAGAGUGCGUUCUGUUUCGCUUGGAGUUACCAACCCGCUGACAAUCGUUUGUAUUGUCAUUUCCUACCCAGCUACACCAACAGUUUGUUGAUAGCUCUGUUCGAUAUCUGUGCUGGCAGGGAAGAUCUUGACUUCGACUACCACUCACUCUGGCAGGGAGGAAUCAGUUUCAGACAGAAAGACGAAGUCGAGGUUACAGUGGUUCUGUUCAGCAGUGCCAUCACCCUCAAUAUGAGGUACCGUGCAGAGUUUGAAAUCAUCUGUUUGAAUCUUCGAAACACACUCCUUAAAAAGAUUCGUCAUCUGAAGGAGAUCUUCCAGCCUGAAGCGGAAACUGAAGAGUUCAUCACCCCCCCAAAAGACGGCCCAAAGUUUCCAGUCCGUACUUCCUCCCCAAGAAACAGGAUCAAUCUCAAGGAAUUGAAGAUCCAAAUCUCAAGCAGCACUCUAAGUUUGUUGCGGUCCACUAGUGUAAUUUCCUCACUCGCUGAAAGCCACGUAACCGACUCGAGUCAAACUACCCACUUAAGUCAAAAUACACGCUUGAGCAAUGAAGAGCACCCCCACCCGUUUUUCGAGCCUUGCUACCUUGUGGCACAACUUGACACCGCAAAUCUACAGUUCCUUUUGUAUCCAGAUCAUUCUGACAGCGAGAUUUCUGAAUCAUUCUUGUACGAGCUUCGAUAUCGCCUUGGAUACCAGAGAUAUAACUCGCUCGACGGGUACUUUGGGUUUCCUCCAAUCACGAUGACACCCACUUCAUCAGUGUGUGGUGAUGUAGGUGUACCAGGGUCCCAGCAGCAUCACAGUAGGCACAGUAGCGGUGGAGAUGGAAGUGUGUCCUCACAGCAUCACAGUAGACACAGUAGCAGUGGAGAUGGAAAUGUGUCGUCCCAGCAUCACAGUAGACACAGUAGCAGUGGAGAUGGAAAUGUGUCGUCCCAGCAUCACAGUAGACACAGCUCACUAUCUGUCAAGUGUAGGACAUAUGGGCAACUUGUGGAAUGCCUGGACUCCAUCAGCAUCUUUAGCACUGUCGAGUUUCUGACCGCAAAUCAGAAUGCUACCAUCUCCCGAGAUUCAAUUACCCUCGGUUCAGCAGGGAACCAGAGGAGCUCUCAAUCAGACCACACCCCCACACCACAGUCAGAGCCUCAGCAGACGAGGAGACUCAGCCCGUACACGACAAGAUCCACCGAUGGCUACUCAAACAUCUACUUUGUUGAUCAGCUACAAGUGUUCACUUGUGGCCACGAGGGUGGUAUGUUCCACUCGGCACAGAGCGGAGUCACUAUCAAGUUCCCAUGCGGUGCAGUUCCCGAAGCAUCCCCUCCAAUCACGAUAGAAUUCGGAGUUGCACUGAACGGUCCGUUUGAGUUCCCCGCUGAUGCUAAACCAGUGUCUCCGUUUAUUUGGUUAUGUACGGAUAAUCCUCACUUUGUGUUCCACAAGCCGGUGGAGGUAAGCAUACCACAUUUCUUGACUCUGGACAAGACCGAUCAUGACAAGUUGACCUUCAUGAAACCUAACCACAGAGAUGUAGACGAUGAGUACGAAUUCAAAGAAUGCAUGGAGAAGAAGAAGUUCAAGGCUCGUAAUAGCUAUGGUGUCCUACUGACAACGCACACUUGCUUUCUUUGUAUAGCCUGGAAGUAUCCUGAGUUGGCCAUCACUAAGAUCAACUACUGUCUCAUGAAGGUGGUACCGAGGGCACUCGAGCUGUCCUUCAAAAUCGUCUUCUAUGUCACCUAUUUCCUGGAAGCUUGUAUGGAGACUGUUCAGAGGCACUUCAGUAGUGAGGACUACGAUAUUCACAGAACACGGAUCACAUUGAACCACGCUUUACCCGAGCCACAAGUCUCCAUCCAUUUCCACAACCAGCUGCAGCAUGGGUGGACAGCCACCAAGGAGGGAGCAGAGAAUGUAAUUCCAGCUUCCUAUAUUGAGUUCUGGCAUCGAGACAUUGGGCAGCUGGAGCUGAUGAACAGCUACAAGAUGUACCCUCCUCGCUUCUCCAUUCACGUCUGUGGGACAGAGGCUAUCAAGAACUCGAUCUUAGACGUCCGAUUUGAAGGCCUAAAACAAUCAACCAACUAUCAGAUUCAGCUGCAGAUUCCAGUCUCCCACCGGAAGUCUGUUUCUUUGAAUUCCGUUCGAUCAGAUACUGUGAUAUACUCACUCCCAGGUAGUAUUGAACGACACUUGUCCACAGUACACCCCCUGGAUCAGAUGAUCGUGGAGCUCGUAAAAUUCCUGGACGUGGACAGAGUUCGUCUGGGUCUGAUACGACGAGGCAUCCUCAGUCAAGAGGAAAUGGAGACACUGCUCGAUGUUAGCCUCAAGAACUUCCCCCAGAGCGUUAAAGUAGAGACUCUGGUGCAUAUAGUCAAGAAGAAGGGGGACCUUGGUUUGCAGGCGUUCAUGAAUGCUCUAGAAGAGACCAUGGACGGCACUGGCCACCACUCCUUAGUGGAACAACUAAAGAAACUAUUAGAUAAUUAUCUGUUAUAAUUAUAUCACCCCAACGUACCAUGCACUUCCAUCCUCUUUUUGAACCCUUUAAUGCUGCGUAUAUACAUAAUAAUUGUGUCUGGCUCUAGAAUAAUUCUUAUUGAAACAAUAAUUAUAUUGUAUGCAUGGUGACAUUCUGAAGCAUGUAAAAGGCAUGAAUACUAUUAUUUGCCAGACAAUUUGAGAUA